AUGGAAAACCUGGAAAGUUGGUUGUCGUAUAAACUGCGUAUCUCUUGUGUAUGUAUAGCUACUUGCAUGCAUGUAAAAUGUGUAUUCAGCCUCCCUUACCGUGAGCUUUGUGUCGAAUAAGCCAUCUUUGAUUUGUCCAAGAAAAGCUAUCCACUGAAAUUUAUUUCUUUAACAGUUACUUUAUACGAGAAAUGUGGCGUAGUUAUUGCGAAUUGUUUUCGUAGAACAAAGCGUUAUUUUGAAUAUUUAAUUGUUUUUUACAAAUCGUCUAGGCAAUGUCAACUCGGUUUCAAUUUAUUAUUUAUAGCUGCACGCCUUAAAAACAAAACAGUUAUACCACAACUUACAAGCAAUUUGAAACUACGAAAUAUACAUUGGUAUAUAUCCAUGCAUACUUCAGAAUUUUUUUUUAAAGGAUUAUAAAUUCCGAUUUGACGAAUCGUCAGUCAUAGUGUAAAUACAAGACGAACUACCAUACAAACUAGCUAAACUAUAGGCUACCGCAUUUAUACUGUUCAGAGCAUUCCGGAAAGUUCGGAACACUAGUACAAUUGAACCGAAAACGGCCACGUGACUGUUCUGGCUGCCCCUACUCCAAAAUACGGGCAACCAGAACAGUCACGUGACCGUUUUCGGUUCGAUUCUAUUAUAGUGUUCUAUCCAGCGUACUCGCCGAACAGUAAAUCGGUGGCAAAAGCAGCAUUACGUGGUACUUUGUAGACAAAUGAUGGGACUAUCAGGGGGCUGUGAGGGAUAAUUGUGCAGUGAGGUGCAGUUUGAUUAUGGUUUUGAUUCAGGUUUUGAUUUUAAUUCAGGUUUCAAUCCAGGUUAUGGUUUUGAUUCAGAUUAUGAUUUUGAUUCAGAUUUCAAUUCAGAUUUUGAUUCAGAUUUUGAUUAUGGUUUUGAUUCAAGUUUUGAUUCGGGUUUUGAUUCAGAUUUUGAUUCAGAUUUUGAUUAUGGUUUUGAUUCAAGUUUUGAUUCAGGUUUUGAUUCAGAUUUUGAUUAUGGUUUUGAUUCGAGUUUUGAUUCAGGUUUUGAUUCAGAUUUUGAUUAUGGUUUUGAUUCAAGUUUUGAUUCAG